GGUGUUUGCCUCGAUCUAUACAGAACUCUCUUCAUUUAUUUUCUCGUCUUGCCGGUUGCAACACCUCUGUUCUUGCUCCCAGUCGAAAGGGAAACGCUGUUGUGGUCUUUCCGCUUUCAGCAUGCCUGUCCGUUCUUCCUUCGUCUAUUCUUUGUUUUGUUAAUGAUUUCUCUCGUUUUCUGAUUGCCCACUCCGGCGAUCUCAACAGCUUUAUACUCCACUGUCCGUCUUCUUUUUUGUUUUGUUUUUGAUGAGUGUCCUUGUGAGCAAGCGUUGUCGGUUCCGCAGUUGAGUUUACACAGAGGAGAUGAAGGACUACGUUCGUCUCUGAAAAUGGCCGCACAAGCCGUACAGGCCGCUCGCAGUUGCUUCGCUUUUGGUCUUCACUUUUCUCUUGCAUCUGUUGCGCUCUUCUUAUACUGAACAUCGCUGUUCUUUGAGUCAACAUUUAUUUUGUAUAGUUUUGUUUCGUUUCCCUUCCUGAGUACUGUUCUCGUGGCGUCUCGGCUGCAGCCUUUGUUUUAUUUUCUUGCUACGAGUCGCCUCCUUCCUCAAAGGUUGGUACAGGAGAGAGGCCCGUCCCGAGCACCGCCUUCGUCGGACACCGAAGAUCUUCAUGUUUUCUUUGCGUGCGUGAGUGCAGUUGAAAGAAGAACGAAAUGCCGACGAGAACGCUUUCGGAUUCUUUUUACCGUGGCCGACGUUGCUCCUCGGUGGACUCCACGCAGCGAUAGGUGUCGACCACAUCCGUUGUCGCCUCCUCUCCGACUUUCCCCUUCACGAAGUCUACGGUGUUCAACGAUGCUGGUACUUCUGCAGGUCUCUCUCGCUCUCUGUCUCUUAAGCCAAAGGGCACGGAAAUCAACGGCUGGCCUUUCUAUAUCCUCUUUUACGUACGUCUCUCUUCUCUCUUCCUUCAGGUGACGUUGACUUCUUCUGUUCUCCUUCGUUGAUAUGCCGAUGAAAUUGCUCGUCCGUGUGUUUCGGCAACAAGGAGAGAGAGAGGAAGGAAGCAUGUGUGUGAGUGUAGGUGUGACUGCGUCUUCUAUAUCAGCGCCGUCGCCACCGUUUGUGAAGAUGAUGAUCAUGACCGCGCCUAAUUGCCACGUGUGUUGUCCCUCCCCCGUCGCGGAGGUUCACACUAUCCAUCAAAAAAGAAAAAGCGAACUCGUUUUAUUUGAUUCUCCAUUAUUAUUGUUAUAUAUUUAUAUUUUGUCUUCCGUUGUACACCUUCCUUCUUUGGGAGUACUUCUUUCCACCCUCCGAUGUAGCCCAACGUGUGGAUGCCUUCAAUUCUUCAGUUCUUCUUCUUUGUUAAGUCUCGUUUUGUGUCUGCGUCUGUCGGCCAUCCUUGUCUCUUCAAAAACAAAUCGGUGACGAGGUGCUUCGGCCUUUGAAAAUCGCGCAGCUGGGGCCUGGCGAUAUAAAUAUAAAUAUAAAUAUAUAUCUAUUGUAUGUAGCGGAGCGACGCGCUUCUUUUGAGACAAUUGGCAUCCGCGUGUCCGCCGCUCGUUCUUUUUCUUUUGUUAUUUCUGCAAGACGAUGCAGGACACCAACGACAGUAGCUAUUACGAGUGGAUGAAAUGCCAAAACAAGAACGAGCAGACACACACAUACAUCAGCUGUACAAUCAAAGCGCAAAUAGCGUUGGCCUCUUUUGCGGGAGAAGCGGUUUCUGUGAAAGCACGCAGAGUAACUCGCGAUGCGUCUUCUACGCUGCACGGCGUGUUAUGUGGGGUCCGACUCGGUGUUGUUUCUUUUGCUGUUUCCGACGCGCCGUGUGGGCGCCCUUCGCUACCUCACCUUUUUUUUUGUUUGUUUCUGUGGAGAGCGUACGACGAGGGCAGCGAUUUCUUCUACCAUCCACACGUUGGGUCUUCUUUAAUAGUCGUAAAAAGGAAAACAGUUGUAAGUGGUACUUACCAUCCGACCCCCCCCCCCCCCUCCCCCUCCCCCAAAGAGGAAGAGGAGUUGCACAAGGACCUCUGUGAGGCUUCACGACAGCAUUUUGGGUCCCGCUCCCCACCGCGUUGUCUUGCGGGACUCUCGUAGUCAGUGAAGGAGGCGUAUAAUGCACGGUUGGAUUCGCGCUGUUUGACUGAACCACAAAAGAGCAGUUAUGUUGUGUAUCUCGCUUGGUAGACACUGGAGUGUGAUCUCUCUUGGGAACACUAUCAUCGGUUUGUGCGUCUGCGCUUUUUUAGGCGAGGAGUUGACGGAAUCCUAUCUUUUGUUAAAGCAACAGGCUGCCGUACUCUUCCUCCUCUUCCUCCCUCCCCUCCCUCUGCGCUUCUUGGGACCGUAUUCCGCUCAACUCUAACCCGUGUUAAAGAAAGCUGCUUGUGCUUCUCUUUUUCAUUUCCGUUUCACUCCUGCCGGUAGCUCACCGAACCCGAACUGCGGGAACAUCUUUGUAAAACGACCACAAACCAAAAAUUGUGUGUAACGGCCUCUCUUUUUUCUUCUUCUAUGGACGUCUCACCUGCGCCUGCACGUCGCGAAUAAAAUCGUGGUAGUGUGUGAAGGAGCCUGUCGAGGACACUUCAACGGCACAUCGUUUUUUUUUUCUCUCUAUUCUCUGCUCUGCAGUAGUACGGCUAUUCUCGCGUUUCGCCAGCGUUUACUUCUCGUUUUCUCUUAGUAUUUUUCCAUGGCGCGCACGCCUUCCUCUUCGAAUAUAAAAAGUAACUGUAGCACUCUUCUUCUUAAGAAGAACGAAAGGAAGAAAUGCAGCCACCGUCGCCAGAAGCGGAGGGCCGAGACGCAACGAGCAGCAGCGUCUACUCGGUGCUGCUCCAUCACAAUGGGCUCUCACCUGCCGGCUCGACCACAGCGGUCUCGGUGGACGCACCGUCGCAGAAGGAGGUGGCGCUACGUGCUCACCUGUGUCUUCGGCACCAACACGUCUGUCUCGUCCUCACAUACAACCCCUGCAAACAACCACACACCCCAGCGGCAUCGACCCCGGCAACCAAGAAACUGGCCGCUAGCUUCAAGGUAACCUCCCCGAAGAAGCGCGCAUCGAAGCUGGGUCGCAGCGCCGUCGGAAGUCGGUCCUUUAGCACCAAACACAAGUCGAGCAGCUCGUCCUUUCGCAAAGGCAAUACGAAGACAGCGGCGGCCGCGGCGACGCCGACCCCUCCCAGCACCCCGGUAGACCCGCAUCGCCACCCAAAGCAGUACUACGUGGUGGCGCUGAAGGGCGUCUCUCCUCUGGCGGCGCAGCGGCCGCUGUCGGCCGAGUUGCGGGCGCACCUGCGGCUGAAUAUGCUCGACGGCGAGGCGGUGACCUACUCCUCCCACUCCACCCCGCGGGCCACCGGCGUCAACUUUGGCGGUAGCGCGAGCACCACCGCGACCGCGACGCUGAUGAGCAACUUCUACUUCCCACCCAGCCGUGGCCCGCCGGUCGCGCCGCAGCGCACGCGUCUUAGCAACGCGUCGGGCGGGUUUUCGGUCACCGCCGUUCCUGCCUACGGCCAGUACCUGAGUGCGGAGGAACCCUACCAGGUGCACACGCGGUCGCCGCAGCUACUCCAUUCGAGAAGCGGGCUCGGCAGCGGGCAGCACAGUUUUUCGUUGGGCGAUGGCGACUUCCCGAGGGUGCCCGAUUCGCACUCGCUCUCGAAGCAACAGAGUAAAGCGCACACGCCGCUGCUCACGCCUCAGCGGGAGCUGCUCGCUGUCGGAAGGCAGGCGUCGACUUUGGAGAAGAACACCCCCUUGGAGGAUAGGGCAACGCCGCCGACUUUACCGAGUCCCACCGUGAAGUCGGACACCAUUCACGACUACGCCGAGCUGCUCCUCGUUGCGUUCUUUGGCGUCGUGACGUCCGCUGGAGUGCCGAACAUGUCCUUCUCCACCGACGCGAGAGGGGAGGUGAUGGUGGAGAAGAAGGCAAAGAAGAUGACGUCGCGUCCGUGGCACGCCUCCCUCUUUAAGUGGUUCGUGUCCCCCAAGCCGAGCGAUGCACAGGCGCAGCGUAGCGUGAGUGUGCUCUCGACCAUCUCUGGGGUUGUGAGCAGCGUCUCCGGCUCCCCACACGUCAGCCCGUCGCAGCCGAACACACCGGCAGCCCGCCCUGCCAAAUCCACGAAACAGGGCAAACUGUCGUCCUCCACCUCGACCACCACCACCCUGCACAAGAAGAUCUCCUCCCCCGUCUCCGCUGCCGCUGCCCAUGCCGAUCCACGGAAAGUCUUGGAACUGCCCUUUGCCUUCAAUCAACACGAAACCUUCCACCUGCGCUUCUUGUGCGAGGAGGAUCUGCACGGCUUUCUCUCGCGCUACAUACAGCUGCAGACACGAGCAAAGGAGGCGGCCGACAAGGCGAAGAACGCACGCCCGAGCAGCCCACUGUGGCACCCACGUGUGCGCCGGCCCACCGUUGGGGCGAACCGCUUCGGAGAGGAGGACGAGGAGGACGGCGACAACGACGAAGGUGGAGUGAAUCGAGAUGUGGAGCAAGAGGAGUUGGAAGACGUGGACAGCGCGUCGACGGCGACCUACACUGACUACCCACGCAACGCGGACGCCCUCGACGGUGGGGUCGACGCUUCGCUCUCAGCGGACCUGUCCAACCCCCAUCUAUCCGCGGACCCCCUCACUCGAAAAGCGGCUGACCCGAAUAUGACAGCCGUGACGCCGCCUCCGGCCUUCUUUCGCAGCCGCGGCUGGGAGGAUUACCUGCGCCACACCCUCGACCCCCGCUUCAGCGUCCGGUUUGCCGCCUUCCCCCUCUACCUGUGGCACUCCUUCCUGCCCUUGUCGAAGUUGGUACUGUACAGCUGCAUCCGCGGUUUUCUUAUUGUGGAGCGGGUGCCACCGGAGACGUCGCACAGCGACGAGGACUCCUCGGCGUCGUACGGCGCGAACUUGAGCGAUCCGGAGAAGGCGGUGGAGAUGGGGAAGCAGCGGCUGAAUGCUCUGGUGAACCGGCUGCUGACGCCCAUUCGCACUGCGCAGAGCCCGACGGCAUCGUCCUCAUCACAACAGGCCAACCGGGACGGCGUGGUGGAGGUGGUGUCGGUGCUGCCCGUUCCCUUCGGCGACGACAAGAUGGAUGACGAGGCGGAAUCCUACGGCUCCUCCGGCGACACGAGCUGGGACGCGGUGAAGUUGGUCCUGCCGUCGACCGAUGAGGCGACGAAGGAGCGCAACGACGAUCACUUCACCACCGUGAAGGACGUGUUUUUGUGCCUGAGUGAAUCGCACCUGCUCUUUAUGAACUCCUUCGGCCACCUGCGGUUUCACUGCAGUCUGGACGAGAUCGCCUUGAUCACGUACUCCGCUGACACCGCGGCCUUCCCGACGUACCCCUUCUUUCGAUUCCGCCUCAAGAGCAGCGACUACUUCGGUGCGCCGACGUUUGUGCUCACCUUUACGCUGCUGCCGGAGGUGCCCCACGACAUUCGGGCUGCGAGUUUGGCCAGGGUGCAGGCGGCGCAUCAGUCGCAGCAGUCGCCGCCGCAGCAGCAGCAGCAAGGCUCGCGCGUCCGCACGCUCUCUGUGGCUUCUUCCUCCUCGUCCUCCAGCUCGACCACCACCACGGCCUCCACCGGACCCGUCCGCGCCUCCAACGCCAGCGUCGACGUGCUGGAGGAGGCGGAGAAGGAGCGGCUGCUGCGGCGGCACGAAAUGUUCCUGCACGUCUUCGCCGCCGUCUGCCCGCGCCCGCUAGAGUUCCGCACCUUUGCCGAGGUGUUUGCCGGCGAGAUGGGUCGCAGCACCCGCAUCCGCUUUUCCCAGCUCACCACCGCCCCGAAGAGGAAGGUCUCCGGCUCGCCCAUGGACCGCGUUGGUCUGACCCGAACCAGGGAGCGGGGGACGUCGUGGAUGGGGCAGAACUUCAACGCCAAUCCCAUCCUCUGUGUCAAGGUGGAGGCGGACGACGUGGAGCUCUACGAUGCGGAAAUCAGCGGACAAGGCAAAACGAAAAAGUGCAGCGCGGCGUCGACGUCAACACCGUCGCCUGCCACGUCAACGCGCGAGCGUGACGCGUCGGUGCGACAGCGAUCGAACAAGAGCAAGUCGCCGGAGGUGCGUUCCAAAGCUACAGCCCGAGCCAUGACGCCGCGCUGGGGCUGCGAUGACCGCGGGAUCGUGCUGCAGGACGCAGGACGCGAUAUGGACUUUUCCUUUGAGGUCGCGACGCGGACGAUGCCGCUGUUGGCGACGAAGGAGCAGGUGCACGCCGGUUACGGCAGUGCGGUGCCCAGCGCGCAGCAGAGCUUUCAUUCUGCUAACGCGGCCGGCGAAGUAAACAGCAAGGUGGAAGACUCGAAUGGUGGGGAAGAGUUCUUCGUGCCGAUGGUGCCCAAGAAGAAACAGAGCGUCAUCUUGCACCGUUCAGCACUGGAGGAUAUGUAG